CACCUAGUCACAGGGCUCCGCCCCCAAGGCCACCCAUAAAAGACAGAGCAGAGGCAGCUUUCCUGUGCGACCAUGAGCAGCAGUGUGCACAACGACACGGGUCCUGUCCAGUUGCCGGAGGAGAGGCGCUUUCUCAGCACCUCGGAGGCGGCCGCCCUGGAGCGGGAGCUACUGGACGAGUACCGCUUCGGGCAGCAGCAGCUGGUGGAACUAUGUGGGCACGCCAGUGCGGUGGCUGUGACCAAGGUGUUCCCCUUGCCCUCGCUGUCGCGGAAGCAGAGAACGGUGCUUGUCGUGUGCGGCCCGGAGCAGAAUGGCGCCGUGGGGCUGGCGUGUGCCCGGCACCUACGGGUGUUCGUGAGUAACAGGGCCGUGAUGUGGGGGACAGAAACGGGGCUGGGGUCCUGCUGCCUCCUGCCUCCAUCACCGAACCCCUGUUCCCCCCAGGAAUACCAGCCCAGCAUCUUCUACCCCGCGCGUUCAGCCGACGCGUUGCACCGUGAUCUGACCACGCAGUGCGAGAAGAUGGACAUCCCCUUCCUGUCCUUCCUGCCCGCCGAGGUGCGGCUCAUCGACGACGCGUACGGGCUGGUGGUGGACGCUGUGCUUGGGCCGGGAGUGCGACUGGCGGAGGCAGGCGGGCCCUGCGCGCGCGCUCUGGCCACGCUGAAGCGGCUCUCCAUCCCGCUUGUGAGCCUGGACGUCCCCUCAGGCUGGGAUGCCGAGGCUGGCGGCGACGCGAAGGACACGGUGCAGCCCGAUGUGCUAGUGUCCUUUGCGGCGCCCAAGAGCUGCGCUGGCCGCUUCUCCGGACGUCACCACUUUGUAGCCGGCAGGUUCGUGCCUGACGACGUGCGCCGAAAGUUUGGCCUGCACCUGCCAAAAUAUACUGGCACCGACUGCGUGGCCUCACUGUGACCCGCACCAAUAAACAUCUCCAACACCUCU